CCUAUACAUACACUGAUACACUACAUGCAUAUAUAUAUAUUUUACCCUCCACCCAAUUCAUCCCAUCACCACUACAAACACCUCAAAAGUUGCAUUAAAAAAUAAAAUGGGAUUAGAGGACAUCUACAGCACCAGACUCACUCUCAGCCUAGGAUCCGAUGAUCUUCAUCGCCAGGUUUAUCGGCAAAACAAGAGAUCAAAGCCGCCUUCCCCGAUAUCCGACAACUAUCUGCCGUCCCUCUCGCUGGGAUUGCCGUGGGAAGUGAAGUUUGAAGCUAUGAACGACGGGAGCACUGCGAUGAUGAUGAACUGUUGCCUGCAGCAGGCUUCUCCGGCGGCGGCGCCGUCGUCGUUCUCGGACUCGAGUUUGAAGAGGGAACGAGAGAUCAGCGGCGGCGAAGAAGAUGAACUUGAGGCGGCGGAGAAAGGGUCUCCCUGCAGGGAUGAGUACCAGGAUGAUGAAGAGGUUGUCGGUACGAGGAAGAAACUUAGGCUCACCAAACAACAGUCGAUUGUCUUGGAAGACAGCUUCAAACAACACACCACUCUCAAUUCUAAACAGAAGCAAGAAUUGGCGAGAAGGCUAAAUUUACGGCCGCGACAAGUGGAAGUGUGGUUCCAGAAUCGAAGAGCGAGGACGAAACUGAAGCAGACAGAAGUGGACUAUGAAGUACUAAGGAAGUGCUACGAAACCCUCACGGAUGAGAACAGAAGGCUGCAGAAGGAACUGCUGGAGCUCAAAGCAGCCGCCAACCAGACAACGACGGCGGCGCCGCCGUUUCACAUGGCGGCGACGCUCACCAUGUGCCCUUCCUGCGAGAGGACUUACGGUGGCUCCACCGACAGCUCUGCCAAAUUUUCUAUCUCGGCCGGAGGAAAAUCUCACCUUUUCCGAUCAUUCUUGAAUCCCUCCGAGGCUUGUUAGAAAGAUCAUAUCAGAGGUCGACUUCUGUAAAAUUAUAUUAUGUUUAUAUAUGUGUAGAGAAUAUCGUAUUGUAAACUCGAAUUGAUUUAAUUCAAAUGAAAAUCUUGACAAAA